UCUUUUCAUCACAUGAAACUCAUCAUCCACAUUUCUCCAUCUCUGAAAUCGAAUCCUCUCUUCCUUCCACCCUCUUUCCUCCCAAUCCUCUGACAUUUCACAUGUAAAAAGAAUCAACAAACCCAUACCUCUUCAACAUUUCCAACACCAAAACAAAUGAUGCCACUAAAAAUCUCACCUUGAAUUCCCACUCCGCUUUUCUCUGCACAGAUGGUGCUAGCUUCUGCACUUCUCUCCACCCUUCUCCUUCUCCUCUCAAGCUCCGAUCUUUCCCGAGCUGACGAUGACUUCACUUUCCACGGCUUCAAAAACGCAGGCGCAAAAAUCACUCUAAACGGCGUCGCUGAGAUCGAGCGCAGCGGCGUGCUCAGGCUCACCGACACAAGCCCGAGAUUCGUUGGGCACGCUUUCUACGAUUCCCCAAUUCGAUUCAAGAACUCCACAGAUGGUAAAGUUUCCUCCUUUUCGACUGCUUUCGCCUUCGCCAUAGUUCCCGAGUAUGAGAAAUUGGGCGGCCAUGGAUUCGCCUUUGCAGUUGCUAAAUCGAAGGCUUUGGAGGGGGCUCUUCCGAGUCAGUAUCUAGGGCUCAUGAAUGAGACAAAUAUUGGGAAAAUUUCAAACCAUGUGUUGGCGGUUGAGUUCGACACUGUGAAGGAUUUUGCAUUUAGGGAUAUUAGUGAUAAUCAUGUUGGGAUUGAUCUCAAUAGCAUGAUCUCAAAUGCCUCUGUUGAUGCUAGCUGUUUCAGUAGGGAUAAUUCGAGGAAGGAAGGGAUUAGGUUGCAGAGUGGUAGAUUGAUUCAGUGCUGGAUUGAUUAUGAUUCCAGUGUUGGGAGAUUGGAUGUCACUCUUUCUCUCUCAUCAUCAAAACCUAGUUCCCCAAUUCUUUCAUUGCCUGUGGAUCUUUCCCAAAUUUUUUUGCAGGAUAUGUAUGUGGGCUUCUCUGCUUCAACAGGCUUGCUUGCUAGUUCACAUUAUGUUUCUGGAUGGAGUUUCAUGUUGAAUGGGCAGGUAAAGCCCCUUGAGUUGUCAUUGCUGCCUUCGUUUCCCGGUUCAAGGUCGAACCGGGUGAGGGUGGCCUUAGGUGCUUCCUUGUCUGUUGCUGUUUUCUUGAUUCUUGGUGUUGGGAUAGCAUUGUAUGUAGUGAAGAGGGUUAAGAGUAGGGAUGUGGUUGAAUCUUGGGAGCUUGACAUAGGGCCGCAUAGGUUCACGUAUCACGAGCUCAAGAAAGCAACUAGGGGCUUUCGGGAUAAAGGGCUUCUCGGGUUUGGUGGUUUUGGUAGGGUUUAUAAGGGGACAUUGCCUGGCUCUGAUAAGCAAGUAGCGGUUAAGCGGAUUAGCCAUGAUUCUAAGCAGGGGUUGCAGGAGUUUGUGACAGAGGUCGCGGUUAUUGGUCGCCUUAGGCAUAGGAGUCUCGUGCCUUUGCAGGGCUGGUGUCGACACAGGAGCGAUUUGCUGCUUGUUUAUGACUUCAUGCCGAAUGGAAGCUUAGAUAAAUACAUUUACGAUGAGCCUGCAACUGUGUUAACAUGGGAUCAGAGGUUCAAGAUCAUCAAGGAUGUGGCGUCUGCACUUCUUUACUUGCACGAAGAAUGGGAACAGACGGUGAUUCACAGGGAUAUCAAAGCAGCUAAUGUUCUGCUAGACUCUGAAAUGAAUGGCAGGCUUGGGGAUUUUGGGCUAGCUAAGCUGUACGAGCACGGUGCAAACCCAAGCACCACGAAGGUGGUUGGCACGUUGGGCUACUUAGCCCCUGAGCUAACCAAGACAGGAAAGCCCACCACAAGCUCGGAUGUGUAUGCAUUCGGUGCACUGCUGCUGGAAGUCGUCUGUGGGAGACGACCAAUUGAGGCGAAGGCCUUGCCCGAAGAGCUGGUGCUGGUGGAUUGGGUGUGGGACAAGUGGAAAGAAGGUUGCAUUCUUGAUAUCGUCGAUUCAAGAUUGAAAGGGGAGUACGAUGAGAUUGAGGCCGUCCUUGUUAUUAAACUGGGACUGAUGUGCUCCAGCAACGCCCCCGGAAGGAGGCCUAGCACGAGGCAGGUCUUGAGAUACUUGGAAGGCGAAGCCCUACUGCCUCAAGAGAUGGCAGCGCCCGAUCUAUCUGAUGAUGGCAGCAAGAAGUUCGAUAGUGGAGGGCGAAUCAGCCCCAGAUUCGAGGACUAUCCUAAUUCGUAUCCUUCCUCGUCCAACUUUGAGAAAGUGAGCACAUGGUCCUCGGCUUGUGAUGGCGAAAGGGACGUGGAUCUUGAAGCUGGUUCGUUGUCUUCGCCAUUAUCUACUUCAUAGCUGUGAAGUGUAUGCUUUUAGUUUUAUCAUUUUGCCACAACUUCUUCUGUACAUCAUAGCUUAUAUUUGUAUAUAGAUUAUGUUGGUUUC